UCAACCAGUGUGGCACUCUGAAUAUCUUUCGCAACACAACAAUAUAUCUUGUAAUUUGGCGAUGACGCUGAACACACGAUUACAUGCAAUUUUAGAGGCAGUGGUGGAAAAUUUAGAUGCAGUGGCGGAAAAGUUCCAUCAAGAUGCAGUUGAUAUAACACAAGACACCAAAGUCCUAGAAAAAGGACUUAGGGUUUGAGAGAAAAGGAAUUGCAAGAUGGACGACUUUGAGAGAAAAAUGGUGUGCGAAGGAUAAAAUAACCAUGUCUUGCUUGGAUGCUCCGUUAGAAGAUUGUCUACGUUCAACUAGAGCAAUCAAGGAUAGAUUUGAUGCGUUACCAGCUCCAGUGGAAGAAAUUACUAUCAAUAACUUGGUAAUUGAUUCAAUUUAUCAGAAGAUGAACAAAAUAUUGCAGAGAAGAAUGUGGAAAAAGACGCGGAACAGCUUGAUGAGAAGUUGAAAUCCGUCAAUACAUUCACUGAUUCACAUAGUCCACUACCAUCUGACGUACACUUGGUCCAAAAUUCUGAGGCAUUAACAACUGUUCCAAAUCCAAAUCGAGCUGUGGUUAUUACAGGAAAGAUUGAGGAGAUAACAAAUUUCUGUCGAGAAUCUUCCAUUCCAUCAGAAAAAGCAAAAGAUGCUUAUUUUUAUUUUGGUGGGAAGAACGACGCCAUAUUGAGUGAGGAUGGGUACGAGAAACUCGUGCGCUUGCAGUCGAGCGAGCGCAUACCUAUCAACAGUUACCAAACCGGAGGACUAUGAUGAUGUAGAGAUGAUUCCAACAGAAAUUCCGCUUGUCUCUGACGAAGCUAAAAGGAAUCUAUAUGAAAUUUUAAAUUCAAAUUCUUCGGCUAACUCAGGUACUGGCGAUGGUCAUGCACCCAUGGGAGAGUCCAGGCUUUGUAGUUUUGAUGUGUUUAUGGAAGAAAAGUUGGAGUAUAAUUUUCGGAAUGUUGUUGAACAAUCUUUGUGGAAUGUGUCAAUUUUAGCGCAAGAAAGGCCACCUCAGAUUGUUUUGUGGCGAACAAAAUUUUAUGAUAUUAAGAUUUUGAAAAAGCUGCCUGCAUCAUACGUUGACUUCGAGAAGCUUAAAUUAAUUCCAGCAUCUUCACUAGAGUGUCCAAUUUUACUUCUUAGUGAUCUGGAUUUGGUUUGGGGUAAUGUACCAAUAGUUGGUAAUUUUAAGAGGUACAUAUGUGAGAAUGUACGGAAAUUCACUCCCAGGACUUUGAUACAAGCGAUACUUGCAGAUAGUAUAUCGAGGAAGAACAGAUUUGGUCGUGUGAAUAUGCAAACUCAUAUGACUGAAGUUCUGGAGUUCUUACAUUUUUCUUUUGGCUACGGUUAUAUCAACUGUUAUCACCACCAAAAUGAAGAGUAUUGCGAGCUCUUUAAGGUGUUAAUCACUACCUAUAAUAAUGUAAUUGGUAAGGAAGACUUUACUAUUGGCGUUGUGAAUCCUCGAAUAUUAUUUGAUCGUGGUAGUAAAUCUAGAGUUAUUAGUAGGUGUUCUUACUAUGUUAGAAGUUGUUCUAAAUUCUACCUUGGUAUAGAUGCUUCUUCUAAGAUUGUUCUUAAUGGGUGUGGAUUACAUUUGUGGCGUGGUGUCACGCUUGAUGGUGCAAAUGCACUUACGGAUAUGGAAUGUUUCAGAUCAGAUGGUCAAUUUGUGAUAGCACUCAUAUUGAGUCUUGGUGUAGUUCAAUUCCAACAACUCUAG